UUUAUGACUCUUAAAUAAUAAAGCUGAUCAUCGUCUUCGAAUUUCCUGAAUUGUCUUUCUCAUCGUACGACGCCGACCUAAACAAUAUUACAACGAGAAGCGAAUAAUCUCCGAUUAUCGAAUUAACGAGGAAACCGAAGCAAACGUGCACAGAAGGAGAGAAAAGAAAAGAUACCAUGGGUUCUGAACAGAAUGAAGGAACCAGCUUCCCGCCAUCUGAGCCGAAGCUUUGUGCCAACGGCUGUGGUUUUUUUGGCACAGCAUCGAAUAUGAACCUAUGCUCCAAGUGUUAUAGAAACCUCCGGGCUGGGGAGGAGCAAGCUGCAAAGGCCAAAGUUGUCAUGGAGAAAUCUCUCGGUGUCGAAGCAAAGCUGGACGAAGUAGUUGCGGAGGCAUUUAAGCGUGUCGAGGAGCCAUCUCAUGUGGCCUCCUCCUCGACAGCAGUUGAGCAACAAACGACUGUUAUUGUUGCUGCUGGUCAACCGGCUGAGCCAAAACUGGCAAACAGGUGCUUUAUCUGCAGAAAGAAGGUUGGAUUGACUGGGUUUAAGUGCAGAUGUGGGAGUACCUUCUGUGGCGAGCAUCGUUACCCGGAAAAACACGAGUGCUCCUUUGAUUUCAAGGGUGCCGGACGAGAUGCCAUUGCCAAGGCAAAUCCCGUCGUGAAAGCCGAUAAGGUGAAACGGUUCUGAAAGGAGUAGAGGCAAGUUUGCGCAAGUCGUGUCGUUGAAUGAAUUUACCUUCUCUGUCUUGCCUACUGUCUUCCCGAGGUUUCCACUAGGUUUAGGGCCAGUGGAAAGGUGUGGGCUGUUUUAAUGUUAUUGCUAGUGUUAUAUCGGGGUUGGGAAUGAUUGCGACUGUAUUGUUGCUCUGCUUUAGUUGAUUCCAUUAUCAAAAUGGAUCAAGUGAAUUAUGAAUGUGUUUACUAUUGAAUUCGCUUUGAA